ACGCACUGAAUGAUGCAUCAAAAGUGUUUGUGCCUGCAUACAGUAAGGACGCUUGUGCGAAUUUGGAGUUGUGUUUUCGUUGUGACUCAUAAAUUGUUGGCUGUCGUGUAAAAUUGAAUUGAGUUUUUCAUUGUAGUUUCCAAAGCAUUAGUUUUAUUUGGUGUUGCAAACAUUAGAAAUAGGUAAUUAGUGUUGCUGCUGUAUCGCUGUAGCAGGAAGUUUCCGUGAUGAUGAAAUCACGCCUGCUGGGACUGGUUGGCAUUAUAGUGCUGGCCUUGUCCACCGUGCUCAGCUCACCAGUCAAACAAACAAGCAACUCAUCAAGCAACAAGCGGUUGUUGGGUGCGAAAGAAUGCACUUGGGGCCCGUCUUAUUGGUGUUCGGAUAUCAGAAACGCUAAGACCUGUGGAGCGGUAACGCAUUGCAUCCAAACUGUAUGGGAGAAGCAACAUUAUCCAGUGGAUAAUGAUGAAAUCUGCAACAUCUGCUUGGAUAUGGUAAAGCAGGCACGGGAUCAGUUGGAAAGCAACGAAACCCAAUCGGACCUGAAAGCGGUUUUCGAAGGUUCCUGCAAGCUGAUACCGGUGAAGGUGGUGAAAAAGGAAUGCUGCAAGCUGGCGGAUGAUUUUAUCCCGGAGCUGGUAGAGGCACUCGCUUCCCAGAUGAAUCCGAACGUCGUAUGUAGCGUGGCUGGGUUGUGUAAUAAUGCUGCUAUCGAUAAGCUGUUGGCUGAAAUGCCUGCCACGAAGCCGAUGCUGGAAUCCGACGUGGAGGACGAUGCACCAUCGACCGAACUAGAAGCGGCCAGCGAUGAUGCGUUUAGCUGUGGGGAAUGUAACUCAAUCGCUGGUCAAAUCGAACGUCGCUUCCGGUCGGCUGAUCGGGAUAGCGUGCUGGAAGGUUUCCUGCGUGUCUGUGGCCAAAUGUCAUCUUAUUCGGACGCUUGCUCGAGCCUGGUGCUUACGUACUUCGGUGAGCUGUACGACCAUCUGGAUCGCAAUCUGAAAGCGGACGCCGUCUGUCACCUUAGUGGCGUUUGUUCGGCCAAGUUCCACACGCACGAGGAGCUGAUUGAGAUACGGCCGAUGGGUGGUGUCGGUGUGCUGCCGGUCGCUGGCGAUGAUGUGCCGUGCAAGCUGUGCGAGCAGCUGGUAGAUCAUCUGCGCGAUGUACUGAUCGCCAACACGACCGAGCUCGAGUUUAAGCAGGUGCUGGAGGGUCUCUGCAAGCAAACGAAAACUUUUGCCGACGAAUGCAACAAUCUGGUGGAGCAGUACUAUCGGGAAAUCUACGAAACGCUGGUGCACAAUCUUAACAGUAACGAUGCAUGCUUCAUGAUUGGCGUUUGCCCGAAAGGGGAUGGUGUGAUUAGCAGCGGUCCUAUCAUGCCGUUGCUACCGGUUGCGGUAGCAGCUCAGCAUGAGCAGCGUCAAACAGCUAAACCGUAUCGCCGUCCGCUGCUGGGUGAGAACGAACCCGUCCUGUCAGCGAUGGAGAUACAGCAGGCCCAGCUACCGAUUGACCGUGUCAUGGGUGCACCAAGCGCCCUCAAGUUGGUGGAGAAUGGUAAAUUCUGCACGCUUUGCGAAUACUUCAUGCACUUCGUACAGGAAGCAUUAAGCGAACCGGCAAACGAGGAUGAGAUUAAGGAGGUGGUUGGUACUACCUGCAACCGGCUGCCGGCUUCGAUUCGUGGCGAGUGUCACAACUUUGUGGACGUUUAUGGUGAUGCGGUGAUUGCGCUGCUAAUCCAAUCGAUGGAUCCACGUCAAAUCUGCCCGACGAUGAAGAUGUGUCCGUCCGCCAACGAGGAUGUGGAGAUCUUUGCGCCGGGUCAGGUUGAGGUGACGAUUGAGGCACAGGCGGGCAACGAUAAGCCGACCUGCCCGCUCUGUCUGUUUGCCGUUAGCCAGCUGGAAGAGUCGGUGAAAACCGAUCGCUCCAAGGAUAAUAUCAAGAGUGCGCUCAGCAAACUUUGCACACAUCUGUCACCGAAGCUGCGGCUCGAGUGUAAUGAUUUCGUGGACACGUACACGGCGGAGCUGGUGGAAAUGUUGGCAUCUGAUUUCACGCCCCAGGAGAUCUGUGUCUUCCUGAAGCUGUGCGUUGAUCAGCGCCCGGAUCUUAGCCUGCUCGGCAUGGAACUUGACUAUGAGAAGCGCACGUCCGGAUUGGGUCACCGACCAUCGAUCGUACCGGCGGCGGUCCCUGCCGGUCCGUCCGGUGAUAUCGAAACGAACGAAAUACCCGACAUUACUGUCAACGGGCAGAUCACUGUCGAUCACACACCGAUGAACAGCACGCCCGAAUGUUUGGUGUGCGAGGAAAUGGUAAAGGCGGUCGAAAAGCGUGUGAAAAACAAAAAAAGCAAGGAACAAAUCAAGGAAGCACUGGAACAUGCUUGCGAUCGGCUGCGUCAGUAUCGUACGAAAUGUGAAAAAUACAUCGAUCAGCACAGCGACCAGAUUGUCGAUCUGUUGAUGAAACAGUUGUCGCCGAAGGAAAUUUGCAACACGCUUGGAUUCUGUAUCCCGAAAGAGUUCAACGAUGAGCUGGAUGUUGAUGAGGCACUGCUCGAUUACGUUGUGGAACCGGCCGUAAUGGAACCGACAAAGGAUAUGCUACUAUCCGCAAGCGAUGUUGCCCGCGAGGUGGAAAAAAAUCAACCACCCCAGUGUGCGAUUUGCGAGUUUGUCAUAGUGAAGAUCGAAUCGGAACUGACGAACAAGAAAACGCGUGCAGAAAUUGAGAAUGCGGUCCGCACCGUCUGUAACAAAAUGCCAAGCACCAUUACCAAGCAGUGUGACAAACUGAUUGAUCAGUAUGGCGAGUUUAUUAUUAAAUUUUUGCAAACCUUGCCACCCCAAGCGAUCUGCACACAGCUGGAAUUGUGUGAGAAACAGGUGACCUCACUGAAGCAGACCGAAUUGGAAAUUAUCGACUGUGCUGUAUGUCAGGGUGCGGUGAAGGCACUCGAUGAGCUGAUGGAUGGUGAUCAGAUGCAGGAACACAUUACAAAGUACGUGGAUCGCAUUUGUAAUGCACUGCCGGCGAAGCACUACACGCAGUGCGAUGAGAUGUUGACCGUGUAUGGUAUCAGCAUGAUGCAGCAACUGCGGCAUUCGAUCGAACGUGAGCAGGUGUGCGUCAACAUCGACAUGUGCGGCAUGAUGUCAACGUUGCUGUCGCUGCCCGAGUUUGCAUCGGGCGAGCGUAGCGUUGACGAACCAGUCGAGGAGCACGUGGAGAAGAAGGAGGCAACGCUUGUCGGGCUGAACGAGUGCAGCUGGGGACCGGCCUACUGGUGCAAGGAUGAAGCCAGCGCAGCACAAUGCAAGUCGACGACUUACUGCAAGGAGCGCAAACUUGGUUUCUGGAUGGAAACAGCCUAAAUGGUUUGUAUAGUUGGUCGUGAGUAUAGGAGUGUUAAGUACCCUUCUUCUGCUAAAUGAUGGGCAGUAUGAAUGCGUUGCACCACUUGUAUAUUGUACACGCAGACGAAAAGACCCCGCUGUACGGGAGAAGCUGGUGAAGAGUUUUUACAAUAUUGAAACGAAGAAGAAAAAAACAAGAAACAAAAAAUGUAAUCGACACCAAGAAGUGCUAUUUUUUAAAAAGGAUAGAAAAUAAGAUUACGGAAAUUAGAGGGAAAAGAAAAGGAACAUGUUGUGUGUUGAUGUGAAUGUACAGAUAGGGAGAUAGGGAGAGAGAGAGAGAGAAUCAUUACGUACGCAUCUCAUGCCGUUAGUCGGGAUCGAUAUUUGAAACAUUAAAAUGAUGCUGAAGCUAUUAGAAAAAAACAACACAAAAUUAUAGUUAAAAAUUCAGGCUGUUAAAAGAGAAAAGAAAAUCGUUUUGUUCUACAAAUAAUAAGAAACGUAGCGAAACAGGAAUGGUAUAGGUGUAGCUUUUUUUUACAUGCAAAAAAAAAAUAGAGAUAGGAACGGAAAUAGACACACACACAUGGUACAACGGUGAUCUGCAAUGGUUGGGAAUUUGUAUUUAAUCAGUUGUUUUACAAAAUCAAUUACUAUUAUCGCUAAUACGUUACACAACAUAUAUGCGGCUGACGUUUGCCCAACACGUUCAUUGUCUCUAACCAUACGACUUGCAAACUAAUCAUGUUCAAAGGUGAAUUAUUAUUGUUCCCUUUCUGUUUAAAAAAAAAUGCGUCAGCAAUCACUAAAACAAGAGAAAACUCCCCAACAAGAACUCCUAACAUCUUCACGAACGAAGGAAGUUGAUUGUUGUUUGUUUGAUAGGGUAACUGCUGCAAUUUUUGUCAGCUUAGUGCAGCAGUUAUGCCGAAAAAAAGCUUUCCUAGUAUCCUACUGGAUAUUCAUUUUCGUGAUGUUAUUGCAUUAUAUGUGCGAUAUACAUGAAAAUGUAAACUUUGGUUUUGUUCCUAUUUUUGGCAACGUAAAUAAGGGACGCGGUAAACGUUUAAAACAAUUGAAAUGAUUACAACAUAAGAGUUUUAAACACAUUUCCACCUGUUGCGUUGAAAGUGGUUAAAAGUGUAAUUUUGUGCUGCCUGUUUCGGCAAUCUUGCCUGGCAGAUUUUAAUAUUUUAAUGCGCGGGAUUUAUAAACAACGCAAUCAUUGCAUUACAGUAAAAUGGAUGUAAAUGCUGCGAAAACUUUGUACUUGGAGAAAAUAUGUAUGUUGGUUUUGUGUAUCCGUUCAUUUGUGAAAAAAAUAAAAGCUACGCUGACGAAAAUAACAUAA